CUCCCUCGUUCUCCUGUCCAAUGGCUGAAAUGAGUGUUACCAAUACCACCGCUUCACUUCAAUCCUUUCCUAAAUCACCUCUCUGCUCUCUCUCAACCACAAAAUUUAACUCUUCUUACCAUCCUUUACCUAUUGUAUCUCCCAUUGCCAGGUUUUGCUUAAUAUCUAAAUACAAUUCGUUUCGUUUCUCUGCUGCUGUUGUGAAGGCUGCUUCUUCUCCACACGCAAAUACAAAGGACCCAAUGCUUCCUCCUUACAAUGUCUUAAUUAUAGGUGGUUCCAAAGGAAUAGGCUAUGCAUUAGCUAAAGAAUUUCUCAAGGCAGGUGAUAAUGUCCUCAUUUGCUCCAGAUCAGAUGAAAGAGUUGUAUCUGCUCUCGACAGGUUAAGAGUUGAAACAGGGAAGCAGCAUGUGUGGGGAACCAAGUGUGAUGUUAGAGAGGGAGAUGACGUGAAGAACUUAGUUGCCUUUGCGAAGGAAAAGCUUAAAUACAUCGACAUAUGGAUCAAUAAUGCAGGAUCGAAUGCGUAUAGCUUCAAACCCCUGGCAGAAGCUUCUGAUGAAGAUUUAAUUCAAGUUGUCACUACAAAUACUCUUGGUUUGAUGAUAUGUUGUCGUGAGGCUAUAAACUUGAUGCAGAAUCAGCCUCGAGGAGGUCAUAUUUUUAAUAUUGAUGGGGCUGGCUCAGAUGGAAGACCAACCCCCAGGUUUGCAGCAUACGGAGCAACUAAGCGCAGUGUGGUGCACUUAACAAAAUCAUUGUAGGCAUAAUUGGAAAUGCAGGAUGUUAAAAAUGUUUUAGUGCAUAAUCUGUCGCCUGGAAUGGUCACAACUGAUCUUUUAAUGUCCGGUGCCAACACGAAGCAGGCCAAGUUCUUCAUUAACGUUUUGGCAGAGCCAACAGAUGUGGUUGCAGAGUAUUUAGUCCCAAAUAUAAGAUCAAUACCGACCAAUGGAUCAACGAAGGCUACUUACAUACGUUUCCUCACAGGAUUAAAAGCCUAUUCCCAAAUAUUUUCAAGGAUCGCGUUUGGUGCUAGACGGAA